AUGGCUGUUGAUCCAACAAUUCAAGCUCAAUUCGAACGUGAUUACAUAUGGAAACGUUCAUGGCCACGAUGUUUUCUUGGACUCAUAACUAUCGUAGAAGUACUACUGGGAUUGGUUAUUUUUCUCACUGAAGUUCUUAAUAUUUUGAUGGAUUUUUGGCAUACGAAUAUAUUCGGUGGUAUUUGGGCAUCAUUUACUAUUUUAAUCAAUUGGAUUCUACUCUAUAUGACAGUUUGCUGUCGAACAACAGUGGGCGCAUCGACAUGUGCAUUAUUUUGGAAUCUAAUCACUUUAAUCGCACUUGGAGUUUUGAUCGCAUUUGACAUCAUUUUCAUUUUGAAUCCUUACACAUGUUUAUUAACAUCAACAUGUUCAACUCAACCACAAGUGAUUUCAUUGAAUUCAAUUAUGCAGUUAAUUCCUGCAUUUCACGAUUAUUCAAGUUACGAUUCGAAAAAAUUCUUUCUCCAAAUUCAAGUCGGUUGCGCAGGUGGAGCAUUUCUCAUCUCAUUGCUAUAUAUUAUAAUCUACAUUGUAUGCAGAAUGAAAUUGAAUGGACAUGUACGAGACAUUCCAAAAGUAGCAAGCGCACCUCCGCUUCCAUCGGGUUUUCCCACCGCUCCACAACCAUAUUCAACUUAA